AUGUUUUCGCGCUACGUGGUGUCGCAAGUCAAGCACAAUUCGUACUUCCUCGUGGGACUAGCUAUAGGGCUAUGGCUGGCGCUGGCGACGGUGCCGCUGGAGGAGGAGGUGGUCACUUGCGAGGCGGUGGGUACUGUGGCGACUAGCGAUGAGUUCGAGCCACAGCGGGAGGACCGCCCACUGGGGCCCGCGGGCCAGCCAGGCCGCAGUGUACAGCGCCCGCGCUACUACAGCACUGAGCUGGGCAUGCGCAGUGGCUUGCUAGCGGGCGUGCUGAGCUCGGAGGCGGCGCUGGCGGGGCGCGCGGCGGCGCUGAACCGCACGGCGGCGCGCCUGCAGCCCGCGCUGCGCUUCUUCAUCACGGCCAGCGCGCCGCGCGCCGCGCCCGGCGCCAACGUCGUGGGCUUCACCGACACGCGCGAGAUGCUCAAGCCCUUCCACGCGCUCAAGUACCUCGCCGACAACUACCUCGAGGAGUACGACUUCUUCUUCCUCGUCUCCGACGCGUCCUUCGUCAACGCGCGCCGGCUGCUCGAGCUCGUGUCCAAGCUCAGCGUCAGCCAGGACGUCUACAUGGGCACCGUGGCCGAGGACGACACGCACUACUGCACUCUGGAGGGCGGCAUCCUGCUGUCGAACUCCGUGCUGCGCGCCGUGCACGGCGAGCUGGACUGGUGCGUGCGCAACUCGUACUCGCCGCACCACCACGAGAACCUCGGCCGCUGCGUGCUGCACGCCGCGCACUGCGCGUGCACGCCGGCCGCGCAGGCGCAGCAGUACGCCGCGCUGCGCGUGCCCGGCGACGGGGACGGCGUGCAGGCCGCGCUGGUGGACGCGCUGGCCGACGCCGUGGUGGCCUACCCCGUGCAGCGCGCCGAGCACUUCUACCAGCUGCACGCCUUCGUGUCGCGGGUGCAGCUGCAGCGCGCGCAGGCGGAGGCGGGGCGCGCGCGCGCGGCCGCGGCGCUGAGCGCGCGCCGGCACCCGCGCGGCUACCGGAACAGCACGUGGCCGCCCGCCCUGCGCGGCGACGCGGGCCUGGCGCCCGCCGCGCCGCCCACACGGUUCGACCACCUGCGCUGGACGCGCUUCAACCUGACGCACGCGUUCAUGCCGGACGACCACCGCGCGCUGGCACCGCUGUCCUCCGCGUACAAGCGCGCCGUCGACCUCGUGGUGGAGGAGGCGAGCGCGUGGGUGGCGCGGCGCUGGGGCGCGGCGGGCGCGGCCGUGGCGCUGGAGGAGGGCGCGUGGUGCUGGGAGCCGGCGCGCGCGCUGCGCUACCGGCUGCUGCUGCGCGUGCGGCGGGCGGGCGCGGGGGCGGGCGCGCUGCUGCAGCUGGAGGCGGCGCGCGCGCUGGGCGCCGCCCGCCUGGCGCCGGCGCGCUACGUGACGGAGAGCGCGCGCGUGCUGCUGCUGCUGCCGCUGGCGGCCGCGCGCGCCGCCGCGCUGCCCGCCUUCCUGCGCCGCUACGAUCCCGUGUGCCUGCAGCGCGACGCCAACACGGCGCUCUACGUCGUGAGCUACCUCCCUACUCUCGACUCCGUCUUCUAUCACGUGGUGGUACCGACGAACGAGAACGCGACGGAGGUGGAUGCGGCGCUGAACGCAGCGCGCGAGGCGCUGGGCGCGCUGGCGGAGCGCCACCCGGGCGCCGUGCUGGAGGUGCUGCAGGCAGCGAGCGAGGCGCUGGCGGCGGGCGAGGCGCUGCCACCGGACCCCAGCGAGGCGGAGCUACAGCACUACGCGGCGCGCGUGGCGCUGCCCACGGUGCUGCCGCGAGUGUCACGUGACGCGCUGCUGCUGCUGGCGCUGCCGCACAUGGAGUUCACCGAAGAUUUCCUCAAUAGGGUGCGCAUGAACACCAUCCCGGGCGAGCAGUGGUUCCAGCCGCUGCCCUUCGCGCGCUUCUCUCAGUCGGCGGGCGGGCGGCCGGUGGGCGGGCGGCCGGUGGGCGGGCGGCCCGCGCCGGACGCCGGGCGCUACGCGCGCGCCGCGCCGCUGCUGGCCGUGGCGCGCCGCGACUACGACGCGGCGGCGGCGCGCUGGGCGCAGCGCGGCGGCGCCCCGGGCGCUGCGCCGGCCGACGUGCUGAGCGCCGCGCCGCUGCGCGUGCUGCGCGCGCCCGAGCCCGCGCUGCUGCUGGCGCCGCGCGGCGCGCCGUGCGCUGCCGGCGCCGGCGCGUGCCUGCGGCGCCUGCGCGAGCGCAACUUCUCCGACCUGCAGCUGGGCGCGCGCCACUCGCUCGCCAAGCUGCUGCUGCAGACGCAGGCCGAGCAAGCCUGAGCGCCGCUCCGGCACUUAUGUUUCGUCUCGAACGCUGUCCCGUACGAUAUUGACGACUGACUAUAUAUCGAAGUAGUCACUUUGCUAGAUUUAUGCCUAUUUCUAACUAAAAAUGUAUAAUGUAUGAAGACUACUGAUACCGCAGUCGAAUUGUUUAAAUGCUUUUAAAUCAUAACAGAUACAACAGUAUCUGUUAUGAUUUAAUUGUUCAUCACUAAAUUUGGAUGAACUUUUAAUAAAACACAAUAAUAAUACAA